AUGGACUGCCCUAUUCUAGUAUGGAUGCUCUUCACCAACCGCGAGAUGACGAAGGAGGAGUACGCCAAAUGUCACGCAGUCCUGCGCGAAUGUGUGCCACAUGCACCCGUACGCAAUGCCCCAAACGAGCCUGAGACGAUGAGACAAUUGGUAGCAUAUCUCUUACCCCUGCUCAUGAUGCGUCAUCGCCGUGUCCCGCGGAACCGCUGGAGGGACCAGAUGUCCAACGUUGGGAAGCAUUGGAUAGAGCAGGCGCAUGAUAAUCCGGUCGCGGCAGCGAGCCGCGCACGCUCCAUGAUCGGGUACCAUACCUCCUACGACCAUAACCUGGUCGGGAUGGCCAUGACGCAAGGACGCCGCGAGGACGUUGUGAACAUCGGUGUCGGCAUCAAAGAACUCACUGCACCCCCAGGAAUGAGUGCCAACGACUUCGCGAUCUCUCUGUACCACAAGCUCACACCGACCGAGCAAGCCUUCAUCGCGCCCGAGCAGGGCGAGGAGAUCGUGAUGCGGCGACUAUGCCUCCUGCUCGCGCUCAAGCAGGCGUACAUCAAGGCGAUCGGGCAGCCGAUGGGCUUCGACUGGUCGCGGCUCGAGUUCAACAUCCCCGAGAAGAUCGCGACGGGCGACGGACGGCCGCUGGCUGGCUGGGAGUUCCGCGUGUGGACGGCCGAGCUGGGGUGGCCGAUUCCGGACUCGGAGGAGCACACGGAGCAGAAGUACCAGUGCGCGGUCGCGUUCUUCCGGCGCACGCGCGACACGCGCUUCAUCUGGCAGAACGACGCGAAGGAGCUCGAGUCGUGGGUGCAGUUCAUCACGCUCGACCAGCUGCUGAACGUCGCCGACAAGCUUGUUGAGUGA